CUCGUUUCGUUUCUCACAUUGAUUGAUUGCUUGCUUUGCUUAUUCAUUCCCCAGUUCAUCAUAUCUCCAUUAUUCCCUUCUCGAUUCCUCUAACUUCAUCAUAGAAAACCAUAAACACACCACAGCAUCAGAAUAAAAACCCAGAAUAUUCUGUUUUUCCAUUCCAACAAAAAUACAAAACACAAAGUAGGUUAAAAAAAAACUAAAAAAUAAUGGGAACGUCGUUAGCGUCGUUGCAAAGCUGGGUUCUUUUGCCAUUCUUCCUCAUGUUCCUCGCCAUCUACCUCCUCGGCUACUUUAUCGUUUUCCGCAAACAGUCCACCAAGAUCCGACAAGAAUUCUCCAGCUGCCUCAUUUCGAUCUUCCACGGCACCCCUGCCGCGCUCCUUGGCAGUGCCGCCCUUCUCGCCGAUGACCAGCGGGGCUUCGCAGCGCCUAACACCGCCUUCCAGAAGCUGGUCCUCGAUUUCAGCGCCGCCUACUUCCUAACGGAUCUGCUCCACUAUGUGGCCUUCUACCCUAGCGACGUGCUCUUCAUCGCGCACCACGUGGCUACACUCUUCGUUGUCCUCACGUGCCGGCACGCCGUAUCGCACGGGGCCUUCUCGGUCCUCGUGCUCCUCGUACUCGCCGAGGUCACCAGCGCGUGCCAGAACGCGUGGACCCUGGCCGGCGCCCGCCGUCGUGAGGAUCCCUUUGCUGCGAGGUUCUACGACGCGCUCUCACCGCCGUUUUUUGCGGUUUACUCCGUUGUGAGAGGCUUCAUUGGGCCCUACUUCAUGUACCGGAUGGUGACGUUCUACGCGAAUGGGGGCGCGUAUGGGCUUGUUCCCGCUUGGGCCUGGGUCUCGUGGGUUUUGGUGGUGGUGAUGGCCAUUGGGGUUAGUAUCAUGUGGAUUUCUAAUCUUUGGAUUCAGUUUUUUAGGGAAAGAAGGGGCAAAUUGUUAGAACAGAAAAUUAGAUAGGUAUUCUUAUUUUGUUUGCAUCUACAAAUAUGAGCAUUAGGAUUGUUCUCUCUUUUAUUUUAAUAUUAUUUAUUAUGAUUCUUAUAUUAUAAUACUUAUCAUUUUCAGAA